AUGAGUACAUCUAAAGGAAAUAACUCAAGCAAAGGCAUUGUUUAUAUGAGGAAAAACCCUCCUCCAUAAAACUAAAUAAAUUAAAAUCAACAAAAUAGCAAUUAACUUUUAAUAAAUGAGAAUUAAGAUUAAGUUUAAGGUGAAAGAGUAGCUAGCAUGUUUUUUAGUUAAUAAGAAAAAGGCCAACAAAUUGCAUAAAAUAGAGAUUAAUAUUUGUUCAAUAGCAAUAAUUAAAACCCUUAAUCUUAGAAUUGCUAGCUUUCAGCUGAAAGGUAAGGAAAUAUUUUUAAGAGCAGCAAUGGUAGCAAUUAGAUAAAUAAUUAGAGCUAAAUUUAAAUUAAAACUAGAUAAAAAUUAUUACAAUCUUCAACACCCUUUAAUAACAAUGAAAACCAACAAUAAAGACAAAAUUUGUAAACAGAAUAGGGAUAGUCAAAAGCAGAUCUUAACUAAAGAGAGAAUCUUGAAUAAAAAAAUGAAAAGAUUGAAGAACUAAACAUGCAAAUUAAUUAAACUUCAAGUUAAAUUCCUAAAUUCACUUAACCUUUCUUAGGAAUUAUUUUAUUGAAUGCAAACGAGACAAGCCACGAGGCACUUAAAAAUGUUUACUUUAUUGUAAUUAAUUAAAAAGAAGUUAAAAUCUAAGAUCAUUAUGAAUUUACAGUGAGUUCUUAAGAAGAUGAACUGUAGGAUAUGCAAGACCACUUUUAAGUAAUUUCACAAAAGAUAGAUUAUUACUUUACUAAAGCCGAAGAAGGGUUUAUAAUGUCAUACGCUUCUAAAUAAGUUAAAACACUUCUAAAGUAAUUCAAGUUGCAGUUCUUGGAACAUGAAAUAAACAAAGAAGCUAUUUUCAUUGAUCAAAUAAUUCCUGAAAAAUAUACUAAAAUUUAAAAUACAAUUUAAUUAAAUUAGCUUAUGGAAGAUUUAGAAAUGAAAUAAGAUGAGACACUAAAAGAAAAAACAAAAAUAUUAUCUUACUUUAAUAAUCAAUUCUCUAGCAAUUUAAUAAUGUGCAUUCUCAAAAUUAUUUCUCAAGGAUAUUUUAUUACUUAGGCUUUAUCUUCUGGUUGGAGAGAGAGAAAUAGAUACUAAACUAAAAUUAACAAUUACAUUAGACAAAUAAAUUAACCAAGUAAAACUAAUGAUGUUCAAAAAGGCAACACAAAAAAUCAAUCAAACAAAAAUCAAUAAGUAGUGAGUAUAAGCUAGCAAGAUUCUUUGACUAAUUUAAAUAAAUUAGAAUAAAAGAGUGAUUCAACUUCCUCCCAAAACUUACUACUUAAUGAUCCUUAGAUAAACAAUUUAGAAGAAAACAAUGAAUAAUGUUUAUUAAAUAAUUAAGAUACCCAAAAUGAUGCUAAUAGCAGCAAAAAUAAUAAUAAUAAUAAUAAUACUGUUAUUGAUUAAGCAGUUAUUUAAAAUAGCACUGUUGAGUGCAAUACUUCUUCAAAAACCCUUUAAAAUUCUAACCAAGAAAAUAAUUUAUAAUAAGAAAAAAAAACUCCUAAUUAAAUUUAAGUAGAAUAAAAUUAAUAAAUAUCUAAUUUAUCUAUUUUUUAAAAUGAUUCUAGUUUAUUAAACACAAAAAAUGAUUCUCAUACUCAAUAAAAUUAGCAAAUUUAAAAUAAUUAAUCAUCUCAAUAAUAAAUUAAUGCAGAUAAAAUAGAGCAAUCUAAUGAAAAUUAAAAUAGCAUAAUAAACAACUAGGCUUAAAUUAAUGAAUAAAAUAAAAUCACCUCAACACCUCUUUCUUAAGGAAGAACUGCUUCUUAAAGCAUCUAGCUAAGAAGUGAAAUAUAAAAUGAUAUAAAUCUUCUUAAGAGCAGCAUUGAGACCAAUCAAAAGAAACUCAACUCUAGCUUCUUACAUAAUUUUAACAAUGGAGAAAAUAGCAAUCCAUAUAGGGCUACCUAAAUGUCUAGCCAAAAGGAAGCAGUAUUUGAAAAUGAAGAUCUUGACAUUAUCUAAGAAAUAAAAAAAGAAAUUAAUGAAACCUAAGAUUUAUCAAAUUCUGUAGCAAAUUUAAAAGAUAACCUUAUCACAUAAAUAAGUUAAUAGCAACAAUUCCUUACAAAUUUUGUUGAUAAGCAAAAAAAUGCUAUAUAAAACUUAAGGUAAAAGUAAGGUAUCCUAUUUGAAUUUAUUGUGAAUCUCAAUUAAGAUACAGAGAAUUUAAUUUAAUAGUAAUAAUAACAACUUACUUCUUUCUAAGAAGAUUUCAAUAAGUAAAAUAACAUCUAGCAAGAACUCAUUAUGAAUGAAAUUAAUGCUUAAGAUAAUAAAUUUAAAAAUCAUUUAUAAUCUUUAGAGAAUCUCGCAAAUAGAGUUUAAUACUCUUAAGAGGCAAAAUAAAGUGAAAUUCAGUAAUAGCAACAAGCUAUGCAAGAGGCUUCUCGUCUUCUCUUGGAUUGCUCCUAAGCUCUGCUCUACAGAAAUCCACUUUCAAUAUCUUAAAUUAGAGAAAGUAUUUAUUAGUAGUCUUUCUUGAAUAAGUCUGUUUCUUAAAUUAAUGACUAAACUCCAAGUCAAGUUUUUAACAUGCCAUCUUAAAUUAAUCAAGGUUAUCAAGGUAUUUAGAGCAAUUUAAAGCAGAAUACCAAAAAUUGUAACUCUGAUAAUGAGUAAAGUGAUAAGGAAAGAAUAAAUAGUUCUCAAGAUAAAAAUUUAAAGUCGUAAAAAGAUUCUCUUUCAUCUUCAUUCCAAAGUCAAAAGAACUAAGUUCAAGGCAUUCAAGAAAAUAAUUGUUAAUAAAAAAACUCACAAAAUAAUUCAGAAUAAAACAGAAUCAUAUAAAAUGCCAAUUUGUUAGAACAGCAUAACAUAGUUUAAAAUUAAAGCUAAAAAAAUUAAAAUCUUAAUUCUAUACUAGAGCAUGAUAGAAUAUAAAUAAACUCUUAAAAUUAAAGUGAGUAAGCAGAAAUAAAGCAAAUAUAAAUUAGUUCAUAGAAAGAUGAUAAUAAUAAAAGACAAGAGUUAUUCAAUUCAACAAAUACAUUAAAUACUUAAAAAUUUACACAGGAAGCAUAAAAGCUAGAGGGAUAAGACGUCGAAAAAACUUAGAUAUAGCAAAAUUAGCUUAUAAAUUAAUAACAUCAAACUAAUAUUUAACAAGAUUAAAAUAAAAUAAAUUUAAAUUCUGACUAAGAAAACAAAAUGUAAGAAUUAAAUAAUUAUAUUUAAAAUAUGAACACUCCAAAUUGUGAUACAAUAGAAAAUAAAUAGAAGAAUUAAAAAAUUUAUAUUGAGAAAUCACCAUCAUAAAACUAAAUAAAUGAUUUAGCUAAAUAGUAACAAAAAGCUCCAGUAAGUAAAAAAUAAAAAUAAUAAGAGAAAAAGAAGGCUGAAUAAAUAUAAAAACAAUUCCCAUAAGCAUAAAACAAAUUCAUAAAUUCAGUUUAAUAAGAUUAGAACAAAAAAAAUACUUAAUAAGAUUUAAAAGCUUAAUAAAACUAACAAUUUCAGUAAAGAGAAAAUGAAUAAUAAUAAAAGCCUAAAUCUGAUAAUGAAUAUGAAACAAAAAUAAGUUAUGAUUCUUCCAAAACUCUUUUUAUAGAUAAUAAAAAUAAUGCCAAUUUAAAUUAAAGUUAAAUAUAAUCCUCAGACAUUAGUGGUUAAAUAAAUACAGUAUUGACAAAGCCUUCGACUUCUGAACUAAGUAUUUCAAAUAUAAAAUCAACAGAAAAUUUGGCAGGAGAUAAUAUUUCUUCUACAAAAAUGAAGAAAAAAUUGCUUCUCAAGUAAAAAAUAAAUUAAAAUUUUGAACCUUUCCUACCUAAUGAACAAAUACUAUAGGAAUUAUAAAACCAAAGAGAAAGAGCAUAAUUUGGUUAUUCAAAUUCAAAUAUUGAAAUACAAAAUCAAGGGGAAAGUACAGGAUCAUCAGGUGAUAAAUAAAAGGAUAACUUCGAUAGAAACGAAACAGUAAGAUAACCAAUUGGCUUUAAUGAAUAUGUUAAGGAGAAUCAAAAUUCACAGAGACCAAUGCCAUAAAAUAAAAAUAAUUUGUAUAAUUUAUCAGAAAAUAAAAGUUUAAUAGAAGAAAUAUAAAUCAGUCAAAAUUAAAAGUAGGCAUAUUAAACUAAAAAUUUAUCUUAAUUCAUUGAAGAGUAGCAAAGAAAAAGAAAAGAAUCAAUUAAAGAUCUUCAAGAGAGUUUCUAAAGCAGCAAUAACUCAAGCUAAAUUAUAAAAUCUGAUAAUUUAAUCCUUCAAAGCGAACUUUUUGAGUAGCCAAAAAAGAGCAUUUUUGAAGGCAAUAGCUUCAUGUUAGCUAUUUAUUAAUAGACUUUAGAGGCUGAGAGAAGAGUAGAUCAAAAUAAGAAUAAUUCUAAAUAAGCUUCAGCUUAUAGUGAAUCCAAAAAAAUAGCAUAAGUAUAAGAAAUAAAGUAAAAAUUGGAUAAGAUUGAGAAUUCAUAAAAGAAAAUCAGGAAAUAGCAAUCUUAAACAGAUCAUGAAGAGUAUAAGAAAAGUGUGGCUUCAAGUAAAGAAGAUGAAACUAAUACCUAAUACUAACUUAUUAAGAAUUUCACAGAAGAAAACGUGAACAUAAAUGAAGAAAAUAUUUUUCAAAACUAACUGAUAUAAAAUGAUAAAUAGUUCAUGAGAUAAAAUAUUAAAGAUAAAAAAUAAGAAGAAGAAAAUGAGUUUGAAAAAUUUGAAGACAACAGUAAUAUAAGUCAAAGAGAACUAAAUGAAGAUGAUGACUAGAAUGAAGAUUUUGAUGAAGAAUAGUAGGAGCUAUCAAACUAAUAUAAAGAAGAAAGAAGCUAGAGUAAUCAUAGUGACGAAGUUGAAGACAAUUACUCUGGUAUCAAAGAGGCAGAAUCAGAAUAGUAAGUCAUUUGCCCUCAAGACAAGGAACAAAUCAACUGA